AUGUGCGGUGAAGGGAAUGCUGGGCCAAGCCAGACGGCACCGAAGACGAAUCUGAGCCCGCCCACAUGGGAGGAUAUCAGUCUUCCAGCUGACCACAUCCUCCGACAUUUGACAGACGCGCAUUGUCAUCCUACUGAUCUGGACCUCCCCGAGAGGCACCAUGCGGAGGCGAAGCUCGGAUCUAUAGCAGCUAUGGCUACAGCAGCAGGCGACCAGGACAAGGUCAGAGCUCUAGGCCGCAAGCGAGGGUGGAAGAAGGGUCAACUGAACCCGAGGGGUGGACAAGAGGGGGUGAGCGUGGUGUCCUGCUUUGGUUACCAUCCUUGGUUCACCCAUCGCUACUCGCUACUCCCCUCUCUGCCGUCCAAAGAAGACCACUACACUUCGCUCUUCUCCACUCCCAAAUCCGACCCGAACAGCAAGAACCGCACCCUCCUGCGUUCACUCCUGCCCUACCUCCCUGAUCCCAUCCCUUUCCAGCCCCUGCUCGACAAGCUCCGAGCCGAUAUCCAGGGCUCGUUGGACCAGGGCAACCUUACUAUGCUCGGCGAGAUCGGGCUGGAUUCGCAGGCUCGGAUGCGGUGGCCUACCGAUCCAGCCGCGCGGAUCCUAUACGCGGUCUACCUCGGCGAGAAGGGGAAGGAGAUGGAUCCAUACGAAGAGACGAAGGAUGGGGAGUGGAAGAGGCUUACAAUGUUCAAGACGGAUAUGAAGCAUCAGCGGCGGAUUGUGGAGAUGCAGAUGGAGGUGGCUGUCGAGCUUGGGGUGAAUGUUUCGUUUCACUGCGUCGCAGCACCAGGUCAAACACUGGAAGUCCUCACUUCGUUCCGCGACAAACACCGCUCCCGCUUCACCAACCGCAUCAACGUCGACCUCCACUCUGCCGGCGGCUGGCAACCCGAGUUCUGGCGGAACGCCCAGAAGCAACUCCUCAAUCUUUACGCCUCACCAUCUGUGCUCAUCACUGGCCGAGUGGGGCACGCUAACGAGCUCCUCAAGGCAAUCUCGGACGAUCGGAUGCUGGUCGAGAGCGACAGCCACGAUGUGCGGAUGAUGGCGAGCUGGGUGUGGGGCGCGGUGGAGUGGAUGGCAGCUGUCAAGGGGUGGAAAGUAGAGGGAAAAGACGAUGACGGAUCGGAGUGGACGAUGGAUGCGAUGGAGGAAGAGGUGGUAGGGCGGAAAGGGAAGGUGGAGAAGGGCGAUGUGUGGGCUGUACGGACACUAGAGCGGAAUUGGGCGAGAUUCAUGCACAUCGUGGACUGA